UCUAAAUUAAAAUUGUAAACUUUUUGAUUCAUUGCAUGCCUAAAUUUAACUUAACCAAACUUUUUUUUUUUAUAACUACAGAAUCAUCAUGUCUGCCCGACUUCGAGUUAUACUGGAAGAAGAAAUUCGCAAGCUUUCCUUGCCUUCAGGAAUACCGCAGACUCUAGAGGAAUUGAAGGAUAUUGUACAAGAGACUUUUGCAAUUGAAAAAGAUUUUAGUUUGCAGUUCCAGGACCAAGAUGGCCAGUUUUUUACUCUCCUUGAAACUGACGAAAUAAAGGACAAAGACACCAUCAAGGUGGUCCUUGCUGAACCAGUUAUCACAGUAACUUUUCAAGAUUCUUCUAAGGAUCAAGGAGUCCUGGAUAGCUUUGAUAGCAGUUGCACUGAGUUAUUGGAAGAUGUUGGUUCCUGCUCCACUGCAUCCAGCGAUACCACAAUUCUGUCUUCUCCAGGUAGCACCUCCUCACUUCGUUCUGUGCCUUGGCCAGCUCAGUUUGUAAUUCCUACCUUCUCUUUUGACACGGAGCUCAUUCUUCAAGCAGCAAAUGAAGCUAAUAGAAAGGAUGGAACCUUACUUUGCAAUCCUGCAGUAAAAUCCAACAUUCUGGACAAACUAGCAGAGAGUAUCUUUGUCUACACCGCCUAUCCAUCAAGUGCACAAAGGGAGCAGGUUGCUGAGGCCCUGGUUAUGAAACACCCAUGUUUGAGGGACCCAGUAUCCUUCAAUGGUUUAUAUAGUUGGCACAACAGCCUGAAGUACAAACUUGGAAAUUUCAGAGCAAAGGUGAAACAUCUUGGAAUACCAGAGCUAAAUGUCAACUGUCUCAAGAGAAAGUCAGCUGCAGAUAAAACCCCCAGCAAAAAACUUAAAAGCAAGAAAUCUGAGGUAAACUAUCUCCCGCCUCAUCCUCAAGGCGAAACUGAUACAUCCCUUGAAAAGGAGAGAGUGGAGCUUCUCUAUGAGUACAAGAAGAGAGACAACAACAGUGUCAUUAAUGAGAAGAUGGCAAAAACCUUCUCACUGCGUCGUAAAGAUGUGAUCCAGAAACCACUUGUUAUUGACUUAAAUGCUCGAUGGCCUGCCCUGUUUGAGUUUUCCCAGAUCGAGGAGGAAUUCCGGAGGAUCACACUGAAGCCACUACAGUCCACAUUCUUUGGGAAGUUGGACGAAUACACGCCUAAAUUGUUGAGACUCUACAGGAAGAAGGGAGGAGCUGUUGGGAAGAAACUUGAUGAGACCCUUGAAAUCAUGAAUGAGGACAACAGCAUUGAGUCCAGAAGAGAAUCUGUGAUCAGAGGCCUCAUUCUCUACCUUGGUGAAAAGACAGAGGAAUUAAUCAAGGACUACCGGGUUUGUGAUGACGAUGAUGCUGCAGCCAUCCAAGAGGCCAUCACUUCAUUUGUACUCAACAUCUUUGUGGUCAGCAAAACCAGGGAUGGAGGUCUCAAGAAGCAAGCUGGAAUAGUCAUUGAGGGAGCAAAGGUUUUUCAGAAGAUCUUCCUGGAGCUGGAGGACGUUAACAAAAAAUGUCCUCCAAAGUCCACGAUCUCAAGGGCCAAAUUUGUGGGUCACUCAUUGGGUACCCGCGGGUACCCGAACCCGUGCAGGACUCUGGCCCAGCCCUAA